GCCCACAAGGCUGUUCUGGCUGCUUGCAGUAAGUUCUUCUACAAAUUCUUUCAGGAGUUUACUCAGGAACCCUUGGUGGAGAUUGAAGGGUGGGUUAUCUGCUGAUUGUCUGACGGACAGCACACAGACAUAAUGGGAAUCCACAGAGCUUACUGACGUGGGGGUCUCGCUGCCUGGAUGGCAUUGAUGUGCAAGGUAAGAUUUCAUGCAUUUAUCCACCUGAGGUACUGUGUGACCCCAGGCAGGUUACUUUACCUUAAUUGUAUACUAGCCUUCUCAUCUGAAAAGUAGGUUAUUAGGCUUGAUUAAUUGAAAUAACGUGCAGAGUGCCUGGCAUAGUGUUGAGUGGAUUAUCAAAGCUUAAUAAAUUGGGGCUAUUUGUCAGUUGAAUAUUUAUAGUUCAUGUACCAUGCUACACCGAUGAAUGAAGAAUUGAUGAAUAAGACAACCCUUUACAAAUUUGCAAAUUUAAUUACGGAGAAGCAACAGGUGAAGGAGUGCAGAAAGUGUGGCAGAGACUUUUACUGUGGAACGGCGUCCCUGAGGAGGGAGAAUGGGCGGUUGGUCUACCUUAGAGAGAUGGGAAAGAUUGUGAAGAGGAGUUGACUCUGGAGCAAACUCUUAAAAAGUCAGAAAAUUAGUGACCAGGCUAGAGUGUGGAUUGCUGGUGCGGCAAGGACUGCCGAACUGCCGGAGAAGCGGGGGUCUUCGCUCCUGAAGACCGGUCACCUUGGCAUGUCUCUUGGACAUCGUGGUGCCUCUGACUGCUGGGUGGCACAGCACAUGCAAGCCCUUGGUGUCUAAACUGUAGACCCGUAAGGAAGUAAAAGGAGGUUAUCAACCUGCUUAGGGUCAGGCUGCCUUACCUAGGCUGUGGAUCCAGUGCCAGUUUCAUUUUCAAAACCUGUAUGGUGCUGCCUGGGCCCCAGGUGUGCUGACCUGGGCGGCAGUUCACGCCACGGUGAAGUUGCCAGAGCCUUUGCUGCGUCCCCGCAGCCCGAAGGAGUUUGUCCUGCAGCUGCUUCUCCCGGCAUCUGCUACAAAGUUCUGGGACUUGGGCCAUCCUGGAGUCUAAGCUGGGAUACGGGAGGGGGAAAAAAACCCCAGGAAACUCCUUGUUCUUUGAGUUUUGGUUUCUCUCUCCAAUUUGCUUGCUUCCAUUUAUUUUUCAGAGUCCUUGUUUAUUUAUGUUAUGUAUUUUCUCCAGGAUUUGUAGUUGUAAUCAAUGGGGAAGAUAAGAUAGAGUGUGCUUUCUCCAUCUUAGCUAGAACUGGGAACCUGCCCCCCCCACACACACACACAAAUUCUGUAAAAUAGGAAUAAGGACCUGUAGUGAUGGCUCUUGGUCCUUAGUGGCAAAUCAGAAACACCAGGGGAGCUUUUGCAAGUACCAGUGCCCAGGCCAUAUCUCCAGAUUGAGUGGAGCUGCCUUUGAGGGUGAGCAUCCAAGCGUCUGUAUUUAAAAGUUGUUUAGGUCUUUGUUAUUCAGGGUGUGGUCUGAGGGCCAAUGAUAACAGACAUCACCUGGGAGCUUGUUAGAAGUGUAGCUUCUUGGGCUCCACCCUAGGCCUACAGGAUCAGUAUAAGGCCCUUAGAUGAUUCCUGUGUACAGCAAAGUUAGGGCAGCGGUGCCCUGGAACCAUUUCAUCGUGUAGCCAUUGUUGAGAACCACCGCUUCACAGGGUGCUGUAAAAGCAAACGAUAUGCUUGCAAAAGAAACUUCACUUCUAAUGUGUUCUGUAUCACUUGUCACUAGGUGCAAACCGAGCUACGUCUGCCCCUGUUUUUCUCUGUCCCUAGUGAAGUAAGUUACCUCUGGUUAGAACCAUAGGUUCACCUUUGGCUUCAGAUAAAAUUCUUACCGCCAAAGCCAGUUGCUUUGAGGCAGCUUUGUGACUUGAAUUCACACCACAUAAAAUCUCCAAUGAACAUUCAUGUCUUUGUUUGGAACACAGCCUUCUAACCUGAGCCUCCAGUUUUCUAAGCUCGUCCUUUCUCUGUUCCUCCUGCAGCCACAGCCAUGGGCACCUAGUGUUCUCUCUCAUAGCAACUCUGCAGUCGAGUCAAACUUGAGCCCUUACUGUCAAGGUCAGGACACCCAAGUCCAUACUCAGGCAUGUGCUUUUUGAGUGGGAGUUUUCACUAGUUGGGGGAAUUCCCUAAGGCUAGAGCAAUUUAAGAAUUCUUCCCCUUUGUUUCUUUCUCUGGGAAAAAAGACUCAGAUUAAGGUGUAACAUUUUCCUUAGAUACUUGUUUAGAAAAAUUGUAUUCUAUAGCACACUUCUAUUAUGAAAGAAGUAAGGGAUUGAUGAGAAAAUGGGCUGAGAUUUGAAGAAAUCUGAUAGAAAAUAAAGUAUUUUCACGCCCAUCCAUCAUCUGCCACCGCCUCGCUUCCCGGGGCCGAGUUACCAGGUUGGUUCAAGUUGGUUGAUUACUCAGAGAAGUUCUCUCCUGCAACCAUUGUGGGCCUGGCCUCAUAAAGAAGCACCAGGGGUGCUUGUAAAAAGUUUCCCAUCCCAAUUUUGACCUGGAGAUCAGGGACCCAUGGGCCGUGGGAGCGGUGUGUGAGUUUAAAGUGCAAGUUCACUAGUGAGACAGAGUAGAUAAUACACUACGUCAUGGGCAGAGGAGCAUUAAAUGUGUAUGUAUAUACUUAUUGUUUAUUUUAGAGAGAAAAAACAAAAAUCUGUUGUUCUGCCCACUCAUGCAUUCAUUGACUCUUGUGUGUGCCCUGACCGGGAUUGAACCCAGAACCUUGGCGCAUGGAGACCAGCCCCUGCUUUUGUUAAGUCUGCAGGUGACCGGUGACUGAGAUUAGGGGCCGAGUCCACAUGCGUAAAUCCUAGAGGCCGGACGUUUCUCGAAAUUACAGAUUUUUAGAACUUGCUGCAGUGAUGUGGUGUGUGUCUCACGGACUCUCCCAGUGGGGUCAAGGCCACGCUGUGACCCGGUAAUGUUUCAGCAGUGUGGCACAGCAUGAUUUAUCUAAAGAUUUUAUUUAUUUUAGAGAGAGGGGAAGGGAGGAAGAAAGAAAGGGGGGGAGAGAAACAUGGAUGUGUGACAGAUCCAGUGAUCAGUUGCCCAUCACAUGCCCCCAGCUGGGGACCUGGCCUGCAAUUUAGGCAUGUGCUCUCACUGGGAAUCGAACCAGCGAUCAUUCAGUUCACAAGCUGGCACUCAGUCCAUUGAGCCUCACCAGCCAGGGCUACCAUUUACUCUUAGUAGGGAUAAAGAUUAUAAAUAGCCUUAGUUCAGAUAAAUUUGCUCCCAAACUUAUGAGAAAACUGGAUUUAAGAGAUUGGAGGACUUUGGAAUUGUGCAUAUGAGAUUCUGGGCCUGUAGUGAAUGAAAUGUCAUGGGCAUUCGGUCUCUUCCCAGCAGGAACAUUUUUGGCCAUCCUAUUUAAAAAUCUUCAUCACAGACUUUGGAAUUGGGGCAUCUCUUUGAUCCUAGUAUUUUUCUUUUUGAUGUACAUAUUUUUAAUUUCUAUUUUAUAGAUUAUGGCAUUACAGUUAUCCUGAUUUUUCCCCCUUUGCCCUUCUCCACCCAGCACCCCCCACUCCCUCAGGCAGUACCCCCACCCUUGCUCAUGUCCCAAAGUCAUGUGUGUAAGUUCUUUGGUUGCUCCCUUUUGCAUCCCUGUGGAUGUUCUGUAAUUACCUUGUAAAUCCCCUUACGUCUCACCCAUUCUCCCACACCCCCCUCAUCUAUUUAUCUUUAGCCUUUGGCAUUUUAAUUCUGAUGUGUCUUGGACUGGGUCUCUCUCUAUCCAUCCUUUUUGGGACUCUGUGCUUCUUGCACUUGCAUGUCUAUUUCCUCCACCAAAUUAGGGAAGUGUUUUUUCAUCAUUCUUUCAGAUAGGUUUCCAGUUUCUUGCUCUUUUUCUUUUCCUUCUGGCACUCCUAUGAAGUGAAUGUUGGGCCUCUUGAGGUUGUGCUAAAGGCUGCUGACACUAUCUUUCUUUUUUUUUGCAUUCUUUUUUCUUCUGUUCUGAUUGGUUGCUUUUUGCUUUCUUCUGUUCCAAAUUAUUGAUUUGAUUCUCAGCUUCAUCCACUCUACUGUUGUUUCCCUGUAAAUUGUUCUUUAUUUCAAUUGGUAUAUCCUGUGUUUCUGGCUGGAUCUUUUUUACGCUGCUGAGGUUCUGAGUUCCUUGAUCAUCCUUAUAACCAGUGUUUUGAACUCUGCAUCUAAUAGAUCGCUUAUCUCCAUUUUGUUUAGCUCUCUUUCUGGAGUUUUGAUCUGUCCUUUCAUUUGGGCCAUGUUUCUUUAUCUCCUCACUUUGGCAGCCACCCUGUGUGUGUUUGUAUGUAUUAAGUAGAGCUGCUUCGUCUUGCAAGUGUGUGGCCUUAUGUAGCAGUACAUGUCCUAUAGGGCCCAGUGGCCCACAGCCCCCCUAUCACCCAAGCUGUGUACUCAAGGUGCGCCCCUCAUGUGGGCUGAGUACACCCUCCUCUUGUAGUUGAGCCUUGGUUUCUGGUUUCUGUUGGCAGAUUCAAUGGGAGGGAUUUACCCAGGUGGGUCAGCUGCAAGGACUGGCUGUGACCACUUACCACCAACCUCUGCCCUCUGUGGAAGAUCAGCUGUGCAGGAGCAGGGUGGUGGUGCUCCCCUGUGGUCUGUAGCUGUCCACUGGGCACGUUGGUCCUGGGGUUUCCUGUGUGGUGGAGGCCAAACUCAGCCCCCCACUGUGUUCUGCCUGAGGCCACCCUGCCUGAGUUAUAAAGCAAUCUGAGAUGGCUGCUACUUGUGCUGUGCUUGAGAUUCCCAGGUGAAGCCAAGCUGUGAAUCUAGGCUUCUGCUAGUGCUGGGCCUGGGGCUUACUGAGGCCAGCUGCUGCUUGUUCAAGAGGAUUUUGGAAGUUGUGAAGCAUGAGCCAAGACCAGCCAUUCAUAUGGAAAAGCAGCUUGGGUGGCCCUGUGUUAGUAAAAUGGCCUUCAGUCAUUUAAUUGAGUUCACAUAUACAGCAAAAUUAAUGAUACAAGGAGAAGAGGAAGCCAAUGAUGUGUGGAAAGCAGCAGAGUUUCUGCAAAUGCUAGAAGCUAUCAAAGCCCUUGAAGUCAGGAACAAAGAAAACGCCACUCCGCUGGAGGAACCUACCACAGGAAAAAGUGAGGCCAAAAAAAGAAAGAUCGCAGAAACUUCAAACGUCAUCACUGAGUCAUUGCCAUCUGUGGAAUCGGAGCCCGUUGAAAUCGAGGUGGAGAUCACGGAAGGCACCAUCGAAGUGGAAGAGGAAGGCGUGGAGACGCUGGAGGAGGCCGAGGCUUCUGCCAAGCAGACGGUGGAGUACGUUCAGAGCGUGUCUUCCUCUGACGAUUCCGCUCUGGCCCUGCUGGCGGAUAUUACCAGCAAGUACCGCCAAGGGGACAGGAAAGGGCAGGUGAAAGAAGACGGCUGUGCAUCUGACCCCACAAGCAAACAGGUAGAAGGUAUUGAAAUUGUGGAACUUCAGCUGUCACAUGUGAAGGACUUGUUCCAUUGUGAGAAAUGUAACCGUUCAUUUAAAUUGUUUUACCAUUUUAAGGAGCACAUGAAAUCACACUCCACUGAGAGUUUCAAGUGUGAAAUAUGCAAUAAAAGGUACCUCCGGGAGAGCGCCUGGAAACAGCACCUCAGUUGCUACCACCUUGAGGAAGGUGGGGUCAGUAAGAAGCAAAGGACUGGGAAAAAAAUUCACAUAUGUCAGUACUGUGAGAAACAGUUUGACCACUUCGGACAUUUUAAAGAGCAUCUUCGAAAACAUACAGGUGAAAAACCUUUUGAAUGUCCAAAUUGUCAUGAACGAUUUGCUAGAAAUAGCACUCUCAAAUGUCAUCUGACUGCGUGCCAAACUGGAGUGGGGGCAAAGAAGGGAAGAAAGAAGCUUUACGAAUGCCAGGUCUGUAACAGUGUGUUUAACAGCUGGGACCAGUUCAAAGAUCACUUGGUAAUACACACUGGAGAUAAACCCAACCAUUGUACGUUGUGUGACUUGUGGUUUAUGCAAGGAAAUGAAUUAAGGAGGCAUCUCAGUGAAUCGCAUAAUAUUUCUGAGCGUCUGAUAACUGAAGAAGUCCUUUCGGUGGAAACCCGUGUGCAGACUGAGCCUGUGACCUCAAUGACUAUCAUAGAACAAGUGGGGAAGGUCCACGUGCUCCCACUGCUUCAGGUUCAGGUGGACUCGGCACAAGUGACUGUGGAGCAGGUCCACCCCAACCUGCUCCAGGACGGCCAAGUGCACGAUGCGCACCUGGGCGAGCUCCCGGAGCAGGUCCAGGUGAGUUACCUCGAAGUGGGUCGGAUUCAGACUGAAGAAGGCACUGAAGUCCACGUGGAGGAGCUGCAUGUUGAACGGGUAAAUCAGGUGCCCUUGGAAGUGCACACCGAGCUUCUAGAAGCAGACUUGGAUCACGUGACCCCUGACCUCAUGAACCCAGAGGAGAGGGAGCCGAGCCAAGAGGACACUGCUGAGGCGGCCAGAGAAGUUCAUGAAGACACCGUGGGUUUAGAGCCCGGGCCAGCGGUGGGCUCUCAAGCUGAAAGCGCAGGCAGUGCGAACAGAACACCUUUGCCGGUUUUAGAAUGAACAACAAAUGAAUAUAUUUUUAACUGUAUGUGUUGGGUUGUUGAACUAAUGCUGGGCAGUGUGACUGUCCUUGAGCUAACAAACAAGUGGACCAAAGUUAAACUCUUUCCUGUUGUGCUGAACUGUUUCUAUUGAAACAACCUGAUUUUUCCUCCUGGCUAAUGCCACAGAGGAGGGAUGUUUCCUGUAAGUGAAUGGGAAGUUUUGAGAAGUAUAUUUCUGGAAACUUAAAUGGAUUAUAUUCUUAUAUGGUUGGGUACGAAUGUAUCUAUUUUCAUUGUGGUAAGGGUUCCUUCCCCCUUCCCUUUCCCAGGUUGUGUUCUUUCUGUUUUUAUGUGUUGUAAAAUCAAACAAAAUCAUUAGAAUACAAGCACUUGUAUUCUAAUGCAUGUUAGAAAAUUGAAUCUGUAGGAACACAGGCUGCAUGAAGAAAGGUGCAUGGUUACUGUGCAGUUCAGCUUUGGCUUCUGGCUUCUUCGGGUCUGAACAGCAUCCUCGUCCACCCUGGUAGUCACAGGUGUCAGCUCUGCAGCAGAGACGGCAGUGGCGGCGGCAGAAUUUCCAGAAUGUAAACAAUCCACACCCACGUGCCUUUUCAAAACCAGCUAAACUUCUGUAAAGCAUCUCUGGUUCUUUCAAAGUGUGUGUUAUAAGGAGCGAUGUAGAUGAUGCUGUAAUAGUACUUUAUAUUUUUGCUUAUGAUGGCAACUACCAAUUCUUUUCCACUUAGGUUGAGAAUUUCAUUUAAUGGCAGCCAAAGGGCCAUUUUCAAUUGGGAAAAAUUCAUUUCUAUCUGUGGUAAACUUUAUUUUGGUUGAAAAAUUGCACUAGUAUUUUACCACCAGAUAAAAAAAGAUGAGCAUCAUUUAAAAAUUAAUGUAUUUAAAAUAAAGUACAGAGAAAAACAUGUAUAUAAGAUAUCAGGCUUUGUUUUGAGUGAAUCUUUUCCCCAACCUUAAUGUAAAGGUCUUGUGCUAUAACUUUUAAAGCCAUACAGAUAUGAGUGCUAAACUGUGGACUUAAAAGUAGGUGUGUAAAUAUUUUUAAUCAGUAUUACUUGGAAAAUAAAAUAGCAACCGCAUAAACCAAUAUGCUAUUUUCUUUACCUAUUAAAUAUUGGGAGAUACUUACAUUUUUAAAG